AUGUCGCGGCCCGAGCAUAUCGCCCCACCAGAGCUAUUUUAUGGAGACAUUGAGGCCAAAAAAUAUACAAGCAAUUCGCGAAUUGCAUCUAUCCAGGCCGAGAUGACGCUGCGGGCAGUUGAGCUGCUCAAUCUCGAGGAUGAAGGGCCAUACUACCUGCUUGACAUUGGGUGCGGGUCAGGACUCAGUGGCGAGAUCUUGGACGAGGACGGUCAUCUGUGGGUUGGUAUGGACAUUGCACCGUCGAUGCUCGAGAUUGCUGUCGAUAAGGAUGUAGAGGGCGAUUUGUUUUUGCAAGAUAUUGGACAGGGCAUGGGGUUCCGUCCCGUGUUCCAGUUCUACCCCGAGAAUGACACACAGGUCGAAAUGAUUAUGAGCACGGCGAUGAAGUGCGGUUUCACUGGCGGUCUUGUAGUAGAUUAUCCGAAUUCGAAAAAGGCGCGUAAGCUUUACCUGUGCCUGUUUGCCGGGCAGGCGGCACCAGGCGACAAGCAGAUUUUGCCCAAGGGCCUUGAGGGCGAUGAGAAGCCUACAGGCGUGGAAUACACAGAUACGAGGAUCCAAAACCAGGCCCGCGGGCGGAAGAGCAGGAAACCCGUCAAGGAUACCAACUGGAUUCUGAAAAAGAAGGAACUCGCGCGCAAGCGUGGCAGGGAGGGUGUCCCGUCGGAUUCCAGGUACACUGGCCGCAAGCGCAAGCCAAAGUUCUGAGUGUGUAAUUACGCGCAAUCUCCCGGUUUGGGCCCCCGUCAGCGAUGUUGCUGUUUAAAAGGCGCCGACUCCGUAGACUAGGAAAGCAAGUCAAGAUGUGCUCCCUUUGUAGCCAGGAAAUAGUUCUUUUCUGUUGGCAAAUGAAAAAGUAGACAAAAGAUACACUAAUGAUUAUAAUCCAAAAAAAUUCAUGAUGCUG